AUGAGACAAGCUGGUAGAUAUCUUCCAGAAUAUCAUAAAGUUAAAGGUGAUAGAGAUUUUUUUGAAACUUGUAGAGAUGCAGAAAUUGCUUCUACGAUUACUAUCCAACCUAUAGACCGUUUUAAAUUAGACGCAGCAAUAAUUUUUAGUGAUAUCUUAGUUAUUCCACAAGCAAUGGGUUGUGAUAUUAAAAUGGUUGAUGGUAAAGGUCCAGUUUUCACUGAUCCAGUAAGAAAACCAGAAGAUUUAAAAAAAAUCAAUCUAAAACCUGAUAUUAAAAAAGAAUUGGAUUGGGCAUUUAAAGCAAUUACAUUAACUAGACAUAAAUUAAAUGGCAAAGUACCGUUAUUAGGGUUUGUUGGUGCACCUUGGACUUUAUUAGUUUAUAUGACUGAAGGUCAAGGUUCAAAAAUGUUCAGAUAUGCGAAAGAAUGGAUUUAUAAUGAUUAUGCACAAGAAUUAUUACAAGCUUUAUGUGAUAAUUGUAUUGAAUUUUUAGCUCAACAAGUUGUUGCUGGUGCUCAAAUGUUGCAAGUUUUUGAAAGUUGGGCUGAAACUUUAGGUCCAGAAGAAUUUAAAAAUUUUUCAUUACCAUAUUUAAAACAAAUUGCCGAAAAAUUGCCUAACAGAUUAAAGGAACUUGGACAAGAACCAGUACCAUUAACAGUAUUUGCUAAAGGUGCAUGGUAUGCAUUAGAUGAUUUAUGUAAUACCAAAUAUGAUGUUGUGUCAUUAGAUUGGUUAUAUUCGCCAGAAGAAGCAGUAAAAGUAAGAGGUGAUAGAAGAAUAACCCUUCAAGGUAAUUUAGAUCCAGGAGUAAUCUACGGAAGUGAUGAAGUUAUUGAAUCAAAGGUUAAAUCAAUGAUUCAUGGUUUUGGUAAACAACAGUAUAUAAUUAAUUUUGGCCAUGGUACACACCCAUUUAUGAAACCAGAAAAAAUAGAAUACUUUAUUGAAAUGUGUCAUAAGUAUGGUAAAUAAUAUAUACGAAUUAACCUCAGAUUAUAUUGAUUCUCUUAAAUUAUUACAUUUUGAUUAUGAAACAAGGGAAAUAACAAAAGAAACUAAGGUGCUUUCAGACUUUGAAAGGUACAACCAAAAAAGAACUGCUAAAAAUUUGCCACCAGUCGAUGAAGAUGAAUUUGAUAGAAUUAUAGAGGAAGAAUCAAUUGAAAGUUUAUCAGGCGAUGAAGAGGAAUACCUAAACACUAGAUCUCCAUUUAUAUUAUUUGACCAUAAUGGCGAAACAAUUGGUAUAUAUAAAGCUGUUUUUAAAAAUGAACCAAAUUUACAUGAAGUUCAAAAAUAUGGUAAAUCUGCAUUAUUUAUGGUUGGUGGUGGUCAUUUUGCUGGUGCUAUAGUUGAAAAUAAUAAAUUUAUUAAAACUAAAACAUUUCAUAGAUACACAACUAGAAGAAAACAAGGUGGUUCGCAAUCAGCUUCAGAUAAUUCAAGAGGUAAAGCAAAUUCAGCAGGUUCUUCCAUUAGAAGAUAUAAUGAACAAGCAUUAGCACAGGAAAUAAAAGAAUUGAUAAAAUCUUGGGAACUUAAUGAAUGUGAAAAUAUUUUUAUACGUGCAAAUGGUGUAACUAAUAGGAAAAUUAUAUUUGAUGCAGUUGAAAAGGAUUCAAGGGUUAGAAAUUUUCCAUUUACUACAAAAAGAGCAACUACAUCUGAAUUAAAAAGAGCAUGGGAUGAAUUAAUGUCGGUACAUCAUGUUGAAUUACCCAAAGUUGAUCAAAAGCAAGAGGUGAUUAAAGAACAACCAAAGAUCAUAAAAAUCAAAGAGAAACAAGAUGAGCUUAUACCGUUGCUUAAAAAACAGAAUAAGUCAAAGAUUAUACAGUAUGUGAAAGAGCAUAACAUCGAUGUCAACACACACAAAGUUAACAACACUCCAUUAUUACAUUUUGCAACUACAAAUAACCUCCAUCAUACAAUUCAAGUAUUAGUAGCCGACCUACAUGCAUCUCCAUUAGUAUUCACUCAUAAAUAUCCAGCAGAAUUGGCAGAUAAAGAAACAAGAAAAGUAUUCCAACAAAUUAGAUUUAAAUUAGGUGAAAAUUAUUGUGAUUGGGAUAAAGCAAAAGUAUUACCUGCUAAAUCAAAAGAACAAUUUGAUAAAGAACUAAAAGAACAACAGGAAAAAGAAAGAUUAGAUAAACAACAAAGAAUAAAACAAGAAUUGGCUAAAAAAGCUGAAAUGGAAUUAAAAAAACCAAAAUUUCAAUCUGUAAAUAAAUUGGGUCAAGGUGAAUCAUUAAAUGGGUUAACAGAUCAACAGAAAAUGAGAAUAAUGAGAGAACAACGUGCAAGAGCAGCAGAAGCAAGAAUGAAGUAA